UUAAGCACUAAAAGUUUCAUCAAAGUUAUAAUAUCAUGCAUCGCACGAAGUGUAAAAUCGGGAAUAUGCUUAAAAUUGUUGAAAUAUUAUAAAUGUGACAUUGAAAAAGAAGGAUUCUGCGUUUGAAAUCGACCUUUGAAUUUGAUGUUAAUGUUUGUGUGAAUGAGAACUCGUUUUGUUAGAAACUUGGAAUGAUAUGCAUCUGUUCACUAAAUACGAAUUACAUUUUUAUCCUAAUAUAAUAUUACCUAUACCUAUAAAAUAGAUAAUGCAAGAUGGCAGAUACAGUGAAGAGUGAAGGCACAGAUAAUUUGGAUUGGAUAAAGGAGAAACUCCAGACAGUAUGGACAGCUCCAAAGUUCUGUGGUCUGUGUCUAGAGAACAGGGGCAACUUCUCUUCUGUGGACAUGGAAUUUAUGAUCGGCCGCCAAACGUUUUCAAAAUGUCUUCAAGACAUUUUGAACUAUGUGUUCAAUGAAGAUAUUGAACAUAUAAUGUCAAGUCACUACUUAUGCGAUGGCUGUACCGAGAAGACGAUACAAGCAUAUCUCUUCAUGCACAACACAAGACAGUUGACAAAAAUACUCAACAACUGUGUCUCGGACAUUUAUUCCAAAGUUGUUGAUGUCAAUUCACAGCUCGAUGAAACAGUCACUACUGAUGCUGCUAACGUAAUGAUUGUACUAGAAAAUGACACAGAAUUAUGUAAAACAAUCAUCGAUGUCCAUUCUAUGACCGAAGUCAUCCCCACAGCAACCCAUGUUCCUAUGAAAGUUGAACAACCAGUGGUAAAUCAACAGCCGAAAAUUGUUCAAGUCACUAAUUCACCAGUUCUGAUCAAACGAAAUUCGGAAGAAAUCAAACAUGAACCACAACCUAAAAUCAGGAAAAUUUCAAAACCUGAUGGCACACCGAAUAUAAGUUUGAAAGAAGGUCACAUUGUUAUAAAACCUUUGAAUUCAGUUCGCAAUAUAGCACCUAGAUACAAUACAUAUCAAUGCAUUCACUGUCCGGACAUAUUCACCUCGUACAGGUCCAUGAAGGAACAUGAAAAGGCCAAGCACAAAAAGGCUGUGUUCCGCUGCAACUUAUGCGAUAAGUCCUAUAAUACGCAACAAUACUUGAACAUUCAUUAUAAAACGCAUGAGAGAGCUCGAUGCAAACUCUGUCAGCUUAUACUGCCAGAAGAAGAAUUAAUGGAUCAUUUGAAAGCAAAUCAUGCGAAUUUGGUGUAUCCAUGCAAGUUUUGUGAUUUAGUGUAUUAUACCCAGGAGUCUCUGGACACUCAUUUCAAGAUUACCCAUCUAGUGAAUGAUACUAAGGCGAAAUCUCAAUGUGUCAUGUGCUUACGUAACUUUGUUGAAGCCGAGUUAAAGAAACACAAGUGUAAAUUUUCUUGCUCUGAGUGCUUUGUAAUGCCGUGCGUACAUUUCAGAUAUUUGAAUUCUUAUAGGGAACAAAUCUUAAAUCAUGUGAAUAAAAUCAAAUGCAUAGAUUGCGAUUAUGUGACGCGAAGGAAGGAGCAUUUAAUAGGACACGCGAACAGGGAGCAUUUAGACCAUCAUCCAUUUACAUGUGCUGAUUGUGGCCAGCAGUUUUACACUAAGUUAAGUUUGAAGACCCAUAUUGUACAGUUCCACGAAGAUCUGUUCUGCCCGUACUGUGACUUUGAAUUCAAAGAUAUGAGGACUUUGGAAAGCCAUAAAAGGGCGUGCAAACUUGUCAUACGGGCAUUCACGUGUUCGCAGUGUGAGGCGUCAUUUGACGUGGCUGAAGAACUGACUAACCAUGAGAAUCUGAAGCACAGCGAAGUUGUCUACGCAUGUUCGCUUUGCAAGAGCAGAUUUUUGACUGAUUUAGAAUUGCGAGAACAUCGCGCAAGAGUUCAUGGGGGCAUUCAAUGCAAGAAGAGAAGGAAACACAUUGAAUGCUCGCUGUGCAACAUUAUGUUCAAAAGUAUAAAAGAAAUGUUAGAGCAUGAAAAGUCACAUGACGAAAACGAUGUCUAUCCAUGCAAAGUCUGCUCCAAGAAAUACAAAACGUUAAUGAAGUUAUACAUUCACAAUCAGAGGCACUAUACAGACAGGGUGAAAUGUGAUGGAUGUAAUAAGCGGGUGGCUGCGUCUUUCUAUCCACAACAUGCAGUCAGAUGCCCGUAUGCAAGGGAAACAACAUUGGGUCAUGUCUGUGAAGUAUGUGGCAAGUCCUUCCAUCUAGAAUCAUUAUUAAAAUUACACCAGAAGGUCCACAUGGACCCAGAACCAUGCCCUCAUUGCAACAAGGUUAUAAAGCCUGCUAGCCUAAAGAAACAUAUGGAGCAGUUUCAUGGAGAAUCUCCAAAAGAGAGGCCUGCAGGCAGAGUUGUCAUUGAAUGUAAUCUAUGUGGACAUGUAGUAAGAAAGAAAUGUGAUUUAGAGGCUCAUAUGAACCGAUAUCACUUGAAAAUUAAACCAUAUGUCUGUCCAAUAUGUUCUAAAGAUUUCUGUGGCAAAGUGAGAUUGAAGGAGCAUAUAGCUACCCAUACAUCUGAUAAUAAUUGCUUCUGUUCAAUUUGUGGAAAGAAGUUUGCGAACCGUGUUUGUUUGAAGAUGCAUUUCAGAAUGCAUACUGGGGAGGCGCCUUAUUCUUGUGACAUUUGUGGUCAGAAAUUCAGGUCUUCAAGUAUGAUGAAGACUCACAGAUUAAAGAAACAUUUGGAGAAAACAGUCAACUGUCCAUUAUGCGACAAUAUGUUCUUUAUGGCGCGCGAUAUGCGACAUCACUUCAAGAAAGCGCACUGGAAGUUCAAAGAUGGCAGGCCAUUUAAUCCCAGAGAUGUUGAGGAGUUGCCAAAAGAAAUGUAUUAUCUAUUUGAAGAUGGGAGACUGCCGAAAAUAACUCCAGAUCAGUGAUCCUAGUGUAAUUAUUAGUUCCUUUAUUUUUAUAAAUUAAAUAUUAUGGAAUGUGUAUUGUACCUCCUUAAUAGGUACCUGUUAUGGGACAAAGACAAUCAAAUUAAUUUUAAUAGAGAUAGAGAAAGAACCAAAAAAGGUUUGGAAGACUGAGAAUUGAUAUGAUAAAUGAUUUCGGCCUUUAAGGACUCUAUAAUUUUGGGCUUAAAGCAGAAAGUUAAAUACAAAUAGGAUAUUUUGUAAUUAUGUGAAACAUGUUUUAGUGUUUUAUUUUUUAUUGUAUAAUUUAAAAACUGCUUGAUGAAUUAAAAUUGUUAUUGGUAAAUAUAAAUCGAUUAGGUUACGUCAUCACAAGAUGAAACUUUUAUGUUUAUAAUUUCUAUCUUUUAUGUUGUUGUUUACGUCUUACCGAGUAUACUAAAUUGUGCAUAAUAAAAACAGGCAAUGGAGCUACACACAAAA